AUGAAAUUCAUGACGAACCAGGAUGCGUGGGAAAUUCAGAAAACCAUUCUCCAGACAGAAUUCCCAUUUAUUGUUGUCAAAUCAUUGCAGUUUGCCUUAUUCAGAACCUAUGGUAUACCGACAAUCUCGACCCUCCUCCUUAAGACCUCCCAGUUCUCCAACUCUUCCACCUCCUUCAAGCGAUACGCAGAUACAGGUACUCUAAUCGGUGAAUUCAUGGCCUUCGAUCCCAGUUCUGAGAGAGCCCAAACUGCUAUCGCUCGAACAAAGUUUCUCCAUCAGGGAUACAGAGCAAGCGGCAAGAUCUUGGAAGACGAUAUGCUAUAUACACUCAGUCUCUUUGCCUUGGAGCCUAUCCGCUUUGUGAAAACAUUUGAGUGGCGUGAAAUGACAGAGAUGGAACGCUGUGCAUCUGGGACAUACUGGAAGAGUUUAGGUGAUGCACUAGGUAUCAGUUAUGAUGUCCUUCCAUCGGGAAGAUCAGCAUUCCGUGAUGGACUUCACUGGUUGGAAGAGAUAAGCUUCUGGAGUGAGCGAUAUGAGGAACAACAUAUGAAACCUCAUCCGUGGAAUAAAGAGAUUGCGGAUAAGACUAUCGACGUGUUGGUAUACCAUCUGCCAGGGUUAAUGAAGCCGUUGGGUGUUUACUUUGCCUCGUUCCUGAUGGAUGAUAGACUUCGAACAGCAAUGAUGCUUGAUCGCCCACCUGCGUUUUUCGCCGCAAUCUUCACUGUGGUGCUUCAAGUUCGCCGACUAUAUCUUCGCUACUUGGCACUCCCCCGCCCGAACUUUCUACGACCGGAUGUUUUCACAGAAGAACCCAAUAAACAUGGACGCAACUUCGUCUUGUUCUAUGAAGGCGCUCCAUACUAUGUCCAGCCAACGAUCUGGAACCGGUGGGGCCCUAUAGCCUGGUUGAAGUGGACCCUUGGACAACCCUUGCCUGGUGAUGAUGGGGAUAAAUAUUAUCCCCAGGGAUACUACACAGCUGAUCUUGGACCUAAAUAUUUUGAGGGGAAAGGCCGCAAGGAGGUAGAGAUGAUCAAGGAGGACAUCAGAGCGCAGAGAGUGGGCCGAUGUCCCUUUCCUUGA